AUGCCGACGGUGGUGUUCUACAGGGAGCGAUCCUAUCACCUUUUCUAUUCUCCCUUGUAUGUUGAACAUCCACUACGAACUACGUUUAUAAGAUGUAAAUAUGCUGAUGAUGUGCUGGGAUGUAUGUCCCCCACUAACCAGGAUUCCUCAUCACUUCAGCAUGGGUUGGAAGAUCUGAUGGAAUGCUCUUCAUCCAAAUCUUUUACGCUUACUGCUUCUAAAUGCAAUGAUAUAAUAUUUUCUUUUCUACGUGACGAUAGGUUGCAGUCCCUCAUAGCUUUCUCCCCCACACCUACUGUGAAGGAAAAUUCCAUACCCAGGUCUUCCACCGUCAAGUAUGUCGACAAUGUUUUGUCCCAGAACCUUUCUUGGUCUACGCGCGUCUGUACAACUUGCA